AGGAUUUAAGAAACUACUUAGCUAGUAAUAUGGAAACUUAAGGAAUUAUGUAAGAUUAAUAAAGUAAAUAUUGAACAAUCAAAUAUUGAAUCCUGUCUUCAAAUGAGGCUGAUUGUGACAAUAAACGUAUUGUGUUACACGGAAUGUGUAUUUAAUUAUGAUACAGAAUAGGUAGAAAUAAUUUCAAAUUUAUAUUGGACGAAGAGGUAACCAGGUACCAGUUUUCUGUUGUUCAUAAUCUUAGAAUACUGUAAGUUAAAUUAUUAGAACCAUCACUGUUCUUACUUACAUUCUUUCUAACAAUGUCUUCAUUUUGUAGAAUAGGCAUUGAUCACAUUCACGAGUGAAUCCACGAGAACGAAACAUAACUUCUUUGUACAGUAACAACAUACACAACUUGAAUGCACCCUGAAAUGCAUGCAUCAGCCUUUUCUUUUAUACUCCAUAGAAAUUACACUCGUUAGAUCGAACUACUUUAAACGACUGCAUUUCAGGAAAUUUAGCCAAAAAGGACGGGAACCUGUUUGCCCUUUACAGCAAUGGGAGUUUGAAACUUUCAACCCUAUCUCUCAAAUUAUCUUGAUAAUACUCAGCAGACAUAAAAAGUAAAGGGUAACUCAGCGGCAAGUAGCAAAGCGAUUACGACUGAAUAAAAUAUGAGUCGAAGAGCGCGAUGCCGUAACAGAAAGAAGACAAUUUAAACAACAGAUACUUUCUUCAUCUGAUGUAGCAUUUUGCAAAAAUGACGACAGCGAAGAACGAGGACUAUACUUACGCGAUGAAACCGCUAAAAAUUCUAUCAUGGGCUACGGGCGUUUGGCCUCUGGAAGUUUACAAAGUUUUUGCGUUUAUACGUUUCAUCUUUGCAAUCGGCAUUUUGUUAUUAAUGAUCCUGGUUCUGAGCGUAGAAGUGUAUUUAGACGGGAGCGAUGCCGAGGCGAAUUUGGAUAUUUUAAUGAUGACCAGCUGUGGUUUCUUAGCGAUAUCGAAAAUGGUGUGUUUCCGAGCUUACUCGGCCGAAUUGUUGUUCAACUUUUCGUCGGCUCAGAAGGAUUACGACGAACUCGAUGAUGAAGAGAAACGGACGAUCGUGCGACGGCAUGCUUACUUGAGCAGAGUAGCCGUUAUUUCGCUAAUAUUAUCUUCGAAUUUCGGGGCAACUUUCAUCACCAUUUUACCCAUUAUACUAGAAACUGAGGAGGAAAAAAACGUGACUACGGAAGAGACAGUAAAAUACCCUAUUCCUUCGGCACAUGUUAUAGAACUAGUCAAGUUUCCAGAGAAUCUGCAAAUGAUCAUUUUCAUUACGGAAUUCUUGAUGUUGUUGAUAAUCAGCAUGGGAAAUAUUGGUAGCGAUGGAUUUUUCUUUGGUAUCGUGAUUCAUCUGUGCGGUCAAGCGGAGGUGUUGAAAAUGGAAUUUAGCAGAAUCGUUGAUGAAAACGGAAAAACUGUGAAGAAUUUUCACGCGUUACUACAGAGGCACAUCUAUUUAUUGCAACUGGGAGAGAUGCUAAGCGACACGAUCAGCGUGGUCUUGGCCAUACAACUGUCAACUAGUUGCAUACUUAUUUGCACAUGUGGAUUUCAGUUUCUCCUCGCUUUACAAGCUGAAAAUAUCAUGUUGUCAGCGAAAACGUUAGUCGUAUUACACGUCUUGAUGACACAACUGUUCGCAUUUAGUUACGUGGGUGAUUACUUGAAGUGCCAAAUGGAUAGUAUCGGAUACGCUUUGUACAAGUGCGACUGGUACAUGCUUCCAUCGAACGUGGCUAAGAAUAUUACAUUCGUGAUAUUAAAAGCUCAGAAACCAGUGCAUCUGGUAGCCGGAAAGUUCUUCGUCGUCAAUCUGGAGGGUUUCAUGAGCAUUCUGAAGACUUCGAUGUCGUAUUUGUCGGUACUCCGCGUAAUGAUAAACAACGAUAGCGAUAAGAUCAACAGACUGUUUCUCGACAUGUUCGAGCAUUCUGUAAAAAUGAAGACGUCAAAGAACAAAGACUUCGCUUACGCGAUGACACUAUUCAAGAUUAUCUCCUGGUCUAUGGGCAUUUGGCCCCUUCAAGUUUACAAUUCCUUCGCCUUUAUCCGUUUCCUUUUCGUGGUCGGCGUUUUGAUAAUAAUGGUAGUGAUCCUGAACACAGAAUUGUAUCUGGAUGGAAGCAAUGCCGAAGCGAAUCUCGACGCUUUAAUGAUGACCGGAUGCGGUAUUUUAGCAGUGUCGAAGGUGACGUGUUUCCGUAUUUACUCUUCGAGAUUGAUCAUCAAUUUUUCCUCGGCUGCGAAAGAUUACAACGAGCUCGACAACGACAAUGAGAAACGAAUGAUCAUGCGACAACACGCGUACAUGGCCAAAGUAACGCUUCUCAGUCUGGUAGUAUCCUCAAAUUGCUGUGCAGCUAUCUUUGCCAUUUUGCCCAUGUUGAUAAGUAAUAUAGAGGAGAGCAACGCGACUACGGAAGAGACAGUAAUAUAUCCUAUUCCUUCGGCACAUGUUAUAGAAUUGGUCAAAUUUCCAGAGAAUCUGCAAAUGAUCAUUUUCAUUUCGGAAUUCUUGAUGUUGGUGGUAACCAGCGUGGGAAACCUUGGCAGCGAUGGAUUUUUCUUUGGUAUCGUGUUUCACCUGUGCGGUCAAGCAGAGGUGUUGAAAAUGGAGUUUAGCAGAGUGGUUGAUGCAAACGGAAAAAUUGUGGAGAAUUUUCACCUGUUACUAAAGAGGCACAACUAUUUAUUGAAACUGGGAGAGAUGCUAAGCGACACCAUCAGCGUGGUCUUAGCCAUACAGCUGUCAACUAGUUGCAUACUUAUUUGCACUUGCGGAUUUCAGUUUCUCCUGGUUUUACAAGAAGGAAAUACCAUGUUGUCGGCGAAAACAUUGUUCGUAUUAAACGCCCUGAUGAUACAACUGUUCGCAUUUAGUUACGUGGGUGAUUACUUGAAGUGCCAAAUGGAUAGUAUCGGAUACUCUUUGUACAAGUGUGGCUGGUACAUGCUUCCAUCGAACGUGGCUAAGAAUAUUACAUUCGUGAUACUAAAAGCUCAGAAACCAAUGCAUCUGAUGGCUGGAAAGUUCUUCGUCGUCAAUCUGGAGGGUUUUAUGAGCAUUCUGAAGACUUCGAUGUCGUAUCUGUCGGUACUCCGCGUAAUGAUAAACACAUGAUUCUUCUGUCUUAGUUGUCGGGCAUGCGCUUUGGGCACUCGAGACAAUUUAAUUAAAAAAAGUAAGUGCGGUAAUGUAAUGAUUUAAGAAGCAGCUAUGUAAACAUAAUAAAGUAUCACCGCGAA